AUGGCUACACAAUAUUUUGAGCAUAAGCUUGAAUUAGGAAAUUUUUCGGAAUCCCCUCAUUUUCAGUUGAUGGAAUGGCACCCAUCAUUAAAUAUUCUUGCUGUAGCUUCGAUCAGUGCUGGUACGAAUAUAUUCUUCUAUGGAGAAGAUGGUGAACAUGAUGAAGGAGCUCAUGUACAACAUUUGGGUAAUGCUUUCUGUAUGGCAUGGCAUCCAAUUAAAAAAACAUUGGCCAUUGGUUUUUCAAACGGUGAAUUGAUGAUAUGGAAUGGAUCAAAUCGUCGGUUGGAAAGUGUUAUUGUUCAUAAAAACUGUAUUACAUCCUUAAUAUUGAAUCCAGAUGGAACACGAUUAUUAUCAGCUGAUCAAGAUGGUUUAAUAAUCGUUUGGAAAGCUGAUUCUCUAGCUCAAGUGUCUCAGCAAAGUGUUAUUGUACAAAUUUCAGUACCAGGUGAAUCUGUUACAUAUGUACUAAGUAGAUCAUCACCAUCAGGUCGAUCUGAUCAAGAUUAUCGUGAAUUAGCUCGAGCAGCAGUCGAAGGUGAUCAAACCGCAUUAGAUAUGCUUGCGACGAAAACAAAUCGACAACAAGUGCAUGAACCAGCUAUGUUUUUUGUUGGUACAGAUAAAGGAAAUGUUUAUGUUGUUACAGACAAAUUACGAAAAAUUUGUUCGGUGGAUGAUGGAAUAUCACGGCUCUUACAUUCGUAUGAUCAUGAUGUUCUUAUUGUAGUCACAAAAUCAAAUAUGAUGACACAAUAUAACCUUCAACAAUUACAAACACAAUCAGACCCUUUAACUUCUACGAACUCUGGUAAACUAUCUGGUCGACCAAUCGAUUCAGAUUUUGCUUUGAUUGGUGCCGAUUUGUUUGCUUAUGUGACAGGUGAAUCAACUAUACGAAUGGUUGAUCUCGUUUCAUCGGACAAUCUUUUAUUGAAACUAAGUUCAGAAAUGGGCUAUGCUAAUAAUGAAGUUUUAAUUUCUGUAUCCUACAGUGCAAUGAAAGGAAUUAUUGCUGCUGGUACUAAUCGAGGAAAUAUUGCAUUCUGGAUUUAUAACCCACAUCGGCGUACAACUGAUGUAGAAAAACAUUGGAUUCCUCAACGAGCGAAACAAAUUGCUUCUGGCAUACCUAUUCGAAGUUUAAAAUAUUGUCCACAACGAAAUUGUCUUGCUGCUAAUUUAAUUUCACAAUUAUUCCUACUUACUGAUGAAAAUAUGUCAGCAGCUUAUCGAGACCAGCUUGCAGUUGUUCAACUUAGUCCAACUGUUAUCCAUGUUGCAUUUUUCCGCUACAGUAUUGUUAAAGAAGAAGAACUGGAUAUGCCAUUUAAAAAUUUAUGUGUUUCUAAAAAUCAUGUUGCUAUUUGGAAUAAAAAACAAAUUCGUGUCUAUGAACUUAUUUGUGAUGCAUCCAAAUCAGAUGAGGAAAAAGUAGUUCGGAAUGAAAAAGGCUAUUUUUCUUGUUCGCCAACAAAUGUCGUGAUUUACGAUCAACUUUUAUUCGUUCAGGAAAAUGGUCGCGUUAAUGUUAUGUCUUUUCAAGGAACAUCUCGACAAACAAUUACAUUUGCUCAAAAUGAAGGUGAAGUUAAUACAAUUAAUUCAAAUGGAUCAUUUCUGGUUGUUAGUUCAACCAAAGGUUAUGUUAAAGUUUUUGAUAUAUCUAGACGUGAAUUACGAGCGAUUGGUAAAAUAUUAAAUAUAAAUACGCACACACCGUCAGUUGAUUCUAUACGUGAAGUAGCAAUUAAUUGUACAGGAACAAAAGUAACAGUUUUAACCUCACAAACAAAUCUUAAUCCAAGUAGUCGACUCUACACAUGGGAUGUAGAAAAAGACUAUGUGGCAUGCUUUGAUUUUAGUUCAGAAAAAUUAACAGGUACUGAAUAUGGUCGUAUUCGACAAAAAGAUAAUAAUGCAAAAAAUGCGCCACAAUAUCGUCGAUAUCCAUCAAAUAUUCAAUGGGAUCCUGAAGAUGCUCGAUUGAUGGCAUUAGAAAUUUAUUUGCAUCAACAAAAACUUGAUUUAGCUGCAUCAUUCAACGGUGACGAUAGAACUUACGAUAUACUGUUAACGAGUAGAGGUGCUGGAGAUGGUGAUUCAAGUAUUGCAGCUAGUCAUACAGCUGCAGUACGAGAUUCAGUUACAGCAAGUCAAGAGGAUAUGGCUCCAUCAUUAAUCGUUAGUAUGUUCUGCACAUCAGACAAUCAAAUAUAUCCAAAAGAUAUUUUUCCACGGAACAUUUCUUAUCGUCAAUUGAUUGCUAUUAAAAUUCCAUUUUUUUUCUUUGUUACACGAGAUAAACAUUCGGAUGUAGAUCGACACAUCAUCAAAUCUCAAUCAACAUUACAGACAUCAAAAUCUGAUGCGUUAGAUUCAACCGAUGAAACUUCGCAAAUAAAAAGCUCUCGUAUUCGUAUUCAACUUCCUAAACUUGAAACAUUAGAUAGUAGUGGUCUUAUUCUUAAAACAACUCAUCAUGAUCUAGGUUCAAAUGGUGUUCUUUCUGAUGCAGAACUCGGUGAAAAUGUUGUCUAUUCAGAUUAUCUCACUGGAAAGACAAUGGCAGAUUUUGUUGGAGUUAAUGGCAUUGAAAAAAAUAUCAUUGAAGCAAUUAUGAAUUUUAGUUAUAAUUUAACAUUAGGAGAUCUUGAUGCUGCAUUUAAAGCAAUAAAAAUUAUUAAAAAAGAAAGUGUUUGGGAAAAUCUAGCUCGUAUGUGUGUAUUAAAUCGACGAGCUGAUGUAGCAAAAAUUUGUCUUGGAAAAAUGGGUCUGUUUCGUGGUGCACGAGCUUUGCGUGCUGUUGAUCAAGAUAAUCCUGAUAUAAAAAUAGCUAUAUUAGCGAUACAUUUAAAUAUGAAAGAAGAAGCAGAGAAGAUUUUACUUCAAUCAAAACAAUAUGAUCUACUUAAUCAAUUGUAUCAGUCAAUAAAUGAAUGGGAAAAAGCUGUUGAUAUAGCAACACAUUAUGAUCGAAUACAUUUACGUAAUACAUAUUACAAUUAUGCUAAAUAUCUUGAACAAAAUAAUCAAUUAGAAAAAGCUAUUGAACUUUAUGAAAAAUCAGGAACACAAACAACUGAAGUACGGCGAAUGUUUCUUGAACGAAAAGAUAUUGCAGGAUAUAAAACAUAUACAGCAAAACAGAAUGAUCCAAAAUUAUUUCGUUGGUGGGGUCGUUAUUUUGAAAGUCGAGGAAAAAUUGAGGAUGCACUUGGUUGCUAUCGAAAAGCCGACGAUAAUUUAUCAUUAUGUCGAUUGCUUUGUGAACAAGAUCAACCUGCUAAGGCCAUCGAGUUAUGUUCAGACACAGGAAACAAAGCAGCUUGUUAUCAUAUGGCACGAUAUUUUGAAAAAAAAGGCGAUUAUAAACAAGCAAUUUCUUAUUUUCAACAAGCAUCAGCUAUUAGCAAUGCUAUGCGACUUUGUCGAGAUCGUCAUUUGGAUGAAUAUCUCGCUAAUAUUGCUGUACAAGGUACACCCGAUGAUAUGCUCGAAGCAGCACGAUACUUUCAAACUUUACCUCAGCAAGAAGAUCGUGCUAUUUUACUCUAUCAUAAAGCUGGAUUAACUUCGAAAGCAAUUGAUUUAGCAUUUAGACAUGAACGAUACUCAGCAUUGGCACAAAUUGCUGAUAGUGUUGGUAAAAAUGCUGAUCCCACUCAAGUUACUCGAAUGGCUGAUUAUUUUAUGCAAUUAAAACAAUUUGACAAAGCUGUUGAUUUACUUGCUGCCAUCGAUCGAGUUGAUGAAGCAGCAGAUUUAGCUAUUCGUAAUGAAAUUCCAUUGACUGAAGAAUUACUUGAACGAUUGAGUCCUGCUAAACCGACAAAUGAAGAAGAUAUGCCCAGAUAUCAAGCUAUUUGUGAAAAAUUAGGCGAUCUAGCCGUUAGUCAAGGAGCAUAUGCUGGUGCAGCACAGAAAUAUCUCGAUGCUGGCAAUAAGAUUAAAUCAAUUCGUGCAUUGAUACAUUCUGGUGAUGUUGAACGUAUUACUAGGUUUGCCAAUGGAGCACGUAGUCGUGAAGUUUAUAUACUUGCUGCUGAUCAUUUGAAAACAUUGGAUUGGAAAAAAUAUCCAGAUGCAUUACAAAAUAUUAUGAAUUUUUAUAAGAAAGCUAGAGCAUAUGAAAAACUUGCUCAAUUUUAUGAUAUGUGUGCACAAAUUGAAAUCGAAGAAUAUCGUGAUUAUAACAAAGCAUUAGAGGCAUUAAUGGAAGCAUAUAAAACAUUGAGAGAUAAUGGAGAAAAUACAUUUACAAAAGAUGAAACACUGCAAGAACUUGAACUUAAAUGUCGAAAUAUUAAACGAUAUAUUGAUGCCAGAGAUCGAUACUUUAAUGAUCCAGAGACAGGUGCUCGUGAAUUGGCUAGUUUGCUGACAGAUCAAAAAAUAUUUGUUGGUGUUCAUCCAGGUGAUAUUUAUGGGAUGCUAAUUGAUCAUUUUGCACGGCAAGAAAAAUAUAAACAAGCAUCAAUGUUACUCGAUGAAUUACAAGAACAUAUUCCUGAACGGUAUUUUUCUCAUUAUGUCAAUCCAAGUUUACUUGCGGCUACUUACGCUGCAACUGGACGUAAAAUGGCUCCACCAGAUCAAUCAACAGAGAGUAUGAGAUAUAAUAAUGAGGAUGAUGAUGAUGAUAAUGGUAAUAAUAAUGAAAGUCAAGACAAACUACCUAAUGAUGAUUAUCACAUUGAUCGACGCCAACAACAACAAGGACGCUUAGGAAAAAAUCAUGUGUAUGCAGAAGAAAUCGAUGACAAUAUUGAUUAUGGAUCUGUUGAUGACUGA